AUGGCAGCGCAGGAGGCGCUUCGGUGGCGCUACGGCGACGUGGACGACGGCAACUUCACCGUGCGCGGCCGCGGCGUGCCGGUCCUCGUGGCGCUCUUGGGCGUCCUCGUCUGCUUCGUCGCCGUCUGCCUCUACCUCCGAUGGACGUGCCACCGCUACAACGGCCGCCUCAUCGCGGCGACGGCGCCGCUGGCCGCCGCCACCGCCUGUUUCCCAGUGGCGGGCCUCGACGAUGCCGCGAUCGCGGGCCUGGCCGUGACGCUGUACCGGUCUGGCGCCGGCGCCGGUGCGGGUGCGGCGGACGACGACGCGGCACAGCAGCAGUGCUGCUCCAUCUGCCUCGGCGAGUUCCAGGAGGGCGACAAGGUGAAGGCGCUGCCGCGGUGCGGGCACGGCUUCCACCCGGAAUGCGUGGACGCGUGGCUGCGGGCGCGGGCAAGCUGUCCUCUGUGCCGGGACACGCUUCUCGCCGCCGCGGUAGCCACCAAAUCAGACAACGCCGUCGGAAACGAAGCUGUCUGA